AUGCUUAAACAUAAAACUUUCAUAAAUAGGAUUUCUCAUUCUAUCAAGCAUUAUCUAUCAUUCCACGUUUCAAUUGCAAACUUGAAAAAGAUAUCAUUCUUUAUAUCCUUAUUCUCAUGUCUUACAUCCGGAUCAAUAAUGCUAUUUUCACUAUUUUCGUCAUCAUUACAUGAAUUAUAUGGCAUAAAUUACCUACAUAUCAACUUCAUUGCGUCAUUAUCUGCUAUUGGGAUGUACUUAUGUCUACCUGUGCUAGGCUAUUUGGCUGAUUGCUACGGUCCCUCAUUACUUUCGCUAAUUCUGAUCUGGUUUUUUGUUCCCAGUUAUUUUGUUAAUUCCCAAGUUAUUAAAAGUCUCGAAUAUAACAAUGUGAUGAAGAUCCACUUAUAUGCAUUUGGAAUUUGUUUUUUCUUCAUAGGAUUGGCUACAUCGUCAUUAUACUUUCUGAGCUUGUUGACCUGCGCAAAAAUUUAUCCCGAACAUAAAGGUUUGGCUAUAUCAUUACCUGUUACAUGCUAUGGAUUAUCGACGUUAUUAGGAUCGCAGUUGAUGAAACUCUCUUAUUUCAAACAGUAUAAUGGGUUUUUGAACUUGCACAAGGUGUUCAAUUUCUUUGGCGUUCUAUACUUGGUGAUGGGAAUAUUGAAUUUCGUAUCGAGCUCUGUUGUUAGCAUGGAGUCAGAGAUUAUAUUUACAAAUGAAGACGAAAUGGAGGAAGCAGAUGAAGAACUGCCAUUAAUGACAUCUAGAUCAAGACAUUCACACCACAGCUGCGAAGAUGACGACAACUUAAUUCCUGAACGGUCAAUAAUUGAACCACUUAAGCACCAAGAACGGUUUAUUAAUUUUUUGAAGGACAAAUCUGCAUGGUUACUAUUAGCCUCCUUAAUAUUGAAUAUUGGCCCCAUGGAAAGUUUUCAGAAUAAUUUGGGUUCAAUCAUUAUAAAUAGCAAUUCUGAGAGUAACCUAUCUGACCAAGUCAGCAUAAUGGCUGCAUCAUCGACAGUCACUAGAUUGGCUAUGGGAGGGUUGUCGGAUUAUUUAUCCUCCAGUAAGAGAAAAUUCCCAAUAUGUCGUGUCAAUUUGUUGAUCAUCAAUUUGGCCAUCGGAAUAGUUGGCCAAUUCAUGGUGACGAGACUGACUCGUUUUUCGAUAGUAUCUAUUUUGAAUGGUUCGUCGUAUGGUGGGUUAUUCACCAUAUAUCCUACUAUCGUCGCCUCGAUAUGGGGGAUCGACAUGAUGGGGUCUACUUGGGGCUCGUUCAUGAUAGCUCCUGCUAUCGGGUCGAUUGGAUUUUCGAUUUUCUACGGGAAUGAGGUUGAUAACAAAUGCGGUGUCGACUACUCAAGCUGUUUGCAGCAUUAUUUCAACCUCACCGCUGUUGGGUUAUCGGUGAGCUUGAUCUUGAUAAUAAUCGUCUGGAAAGGAAUAUGGGCAAAACGCGGAUAUAGGGUUUUUUAG